AACGCGUCGACGUAGCAGAGGAAGUACGUUUGCUACUACCUAGCAUAUGAGGAUAUAAACAUCAACCAACAGCUUCCGAAAUAAGGUAUCAUGGGAAAGAAUAAACAAAAGGGGAAAAAACAGAAAAACGUCUUUCAAGUGGCAAACAAGCACUUGAAGCACAAGAACAAAGCGAAACCCGUCACGACGACGCUCAAACACAUCAAUGCAGUGAAAAAUGAGAAGGUGGAGAACCUCAAUCAAAUCUUCACAGAAGUCCAGAGGGAUGUUAAGAGCAUUUCCAAGUCUGUUGCUCCAGAACCAAAGAAACAAACACAGGUUGUCAGAGAGCCGCCAAAGGAAUCUGUAAACGUCGACAGCGCUGCUCAACUCUUCUCUCAGCUAUAAUAAACCAUGAAAGUGGGAAUGUCACAAAGUUUAAAUGCAGAUGUAGUGACCGACUGUUGUACUGUUGUGCAACAACUACAUUGGAAAUGAAAAGGGUUUAUUGCAUGAUAGUUGAGCGUGUGUAAUUUAAGCAUUCUGUAUUUUCAAUGCAAAUAAAUGUAACUGACAGACUUGUGCUCUGUCAAUUGUGAUCUUUUUUCCGAGAUCAAGAAUAUAUUUUUUAUUCUAUUGAUGAAUAUUCUUAUCUUUGCCACAAUUAGUGAUUAUUUUGCUUAAUGAAAUAUUUCUUAAACAAAAAACAUCAGCAAAACUUCUACUUCUACUAAUGGAUUAACAAAACAAUUGCUAAUGAAUGUUCUGUGGAUUGACAGUUGGAAAUUGACUUCUUGUAACUUUGUUAUUAAAAAGUGUUGAUACCA